AUGGCGUCUCCACUGCAGUUUGCCUACCGAACCCAGAAGACCAUUGGUCUCUUCGAUGCGGCUCCGUCAUACGAGCCAGUUCCUGGGUUCGUCAAGCCUGAAGGAAACCUCCGGUGCUGCGUUUACUCCCCGUGCGGCCGUUUUUUCGGCUAUGCCUCGUCCGAGGCUGUCACUGUCGUCGACGCCUCCAAAGGUAGCCAAGUCCUCUACCUGCCGCUUCUGAACGUCUACGAAAUUGGCUUCUCGCCCCGUGGCACCUAUGUCAUCACAUGGGAGCGACCGAGCAAGGACGAAAACGGCGAUGCGACCAAGAACCUGAAGAUCUGGCGCACGUCUGAAGAUGGCGUCGCGGGCGAGGACAAGACGCCUGUCGGUAGUUACGUGCAGAAGCAGCAAGGCAACUGGAACUUGCAAUACACUGCCGACGAGAAGUACUGCGCGCGCCUCGUGACCAACGAGGUGCAGUUCCACGAGAGCCACGAUCUGAUUACUGUGUGGAAGAAGCUGCGCGUCGAGGGUGCUUCGAACUAUGCCCUUGCGCCCGGGUCCCAGAACCACGCCGUCGCAGUCUUUGUGCCUGAGCGCAAAGGACAACCCGCUGCUGUCAAAGUCUUCAACGUCCCCAUGUUCGACAGCCCGAUUUCACAGAAAACUUUCUUCAAGGGCGACAAGGUGCAAUUGAAGUGGAACAAACAAGGCUCUAGCCUUCUGGUGCUUGCGCAGACAGAGGUCGACCGCUCUGGAAAAAGCUACUACGGCGAGACGACCCUGUACCUCCUCAGCACGAGUGGCGCUUUUGAUGCUCGCGUGACGUUGGACAAGGAAGGCCCUAUUCACGACGUGUCUUGGUCCCCCAAUGGCCGCGAGUUCGGUGUCGUCUACGGCUUCAUGCCAGCCAAGACGACCAUUUUCAACCACCGCGCGAUCGCCCAGCAGACGUUCCCUCUGGGCCCCCGCAACACAAUCAUUUUCUCGCCCAAUGCCCGCUUCGUCCUUGUGGCUGGUUUCGGUAACCUGGCUGGACAGAUCGACGUGUAUGACAUGCAGAAGGACUAUCACAAGGUGUGCACCAUUGAGAGUGGCAACCCCAGCGUCUGCGAAUGGAGCCCUGACAGCAAGUACAUCAUGACCGCUACUACAUCCCCUCGCCUACGCGUGGACAACGGUGUGAGGCUGUGGCACGUUGGUGGCACAGUCAUGUACAACGAGGACAUGAUUGAGCUCUACCACGUGCUGUGGCGCCCAAUGUCCCCGGAGUCGGUCGCGAGCGGUGACGAGCUGGCACCGAUCCCAGUGCCUCACUCAUCAGCUCAAGCUUACCAGAGCACAGUAAAGACCCCUAGCAAGCCUGUGGGUGCCUACCGACCCCCUGGUGCUCGCGGUGGCGCUACUCCGCUGCACUUCAAGCGUGAGGAUGAGGGCGGUGCUGCUCACAUCGUCAGCAACGGCACGCAGAAUGUCGGACCCAACGGGUUUGGCCGCACGCGCCGCACUGUCCCCGGAGCUGAGCCGACCGAGACGCCUGCUGUGAGGACCGUACCAGGAGCUGAUCCAGCCGGAGAAGACGGCGCUAAGAAGAACAAGAAGAAGCGCGGCAAGAAGGGUGGCCAGGGAGGACAAGGAGAGGGAGCUCCUCAACCUGAGCCCAGCGGUGGAGCCAGUCUCGCGCCGCCCCGGGAGCGUAAUGGUGCUCACGAGGGCGGUCGCAGCCCCGAGCGUCGCAACGGACGAAGCCCGCGCGACGCAUCGCGCAACCACCGCAAUGGCAGGAGCCGCAGCACCGCCAACCAGGGCCGGUCGCCACAGGGCCAGUCUGGUGCUGCGAGUCACAUGAGUGACCAGGCUGCCUCCCAAGAUCCUAAUGCGAAGAAGGUGCGCAGCCUGCAAAAGAAGAUUCGGGCCAUUGAAGACCUCGAGAUGCGCCACGCCGGCGGCGAGAAGCUGGAGGACACCCAGAUGAAGAAGAUCCACACCAAAACCUCUGUGAUUAAGGAGCUCGAGGCACUUGGCGGCGAGAUCUGA